AUGGCAAGUAAUAACAACAGCCGUCCCGAUAAUGGUGACCGACAACAAGCAGGCGAAGAAGAACUUGCAACCAAAACUUUACAUGUACAAUCAAAACGUUUUUAUCUUGAUGUAAAACAAAAUCGACGAGGACGAUUUUUAAAAAUUGCAGAAGUUAGUGCUGGCGGACGCAAAAGUCGUAUAUUGAUGUCGAUGAAUGUGGCUAGUGAAUUACGCGAUCAUUUGCAAACAUUUAACGAGCAUCUCGAUACGCUUGGUGAGCCAAGUCCAAAUAAUGCGCCUGAGGAUGGACGGUUGAAAAGUGUUAUUAUAUCGCGUGACGACAGAAAAUAUUAUCUUGAUUUAAAAGAAAAUGAACGUGGUCGCUUUUUGCGUAUAUCAAUGGUCGGCAUUGCCAGCCCACGUACUCAAAUAGCAGUACCAGCACAAGGUAUCACUGAACUUCGUGUAACAUUAUCGACUUUACUGGAUGAGUUUGGCACUGAAGAUGAUCGAGGUACCCUUUGA